AUGAUCAAUGAGAAAGUGUACAAAAUUAUGGAUUUUAACAAUUCUCAUGGCUCAAGUAUUUUCUGCAUCUAUGUUCCCAUUGACAUAAUUACUUGCAUAGCAAAUACUAUGUUCAACUACUCCUUAGGUCAAUUCCACUACUCUACAACGAAUCAAAAUGCUCCUAAAUACUCACCCUAUUGCUGUCCACCAUUUUUUGAAGAGAAGAUAAUAUCACCAGAGGGCGAUCAUAAAUUUAGUAGCAGUAGCAGUAGCAGCAGCAGCGAACAUCAACAACAGCAGCAAACGUCGGAAGUUUCACCACCCGCAGUUUCGGUACCGCAGACUAAAGCGAAUAUUGGUCGUGGCGGCGGCGGUAUUGGCGACGACACGAGACCAGUCGAUAGUUCCGAAGAAGACUCGGGCGAGGAAGACGACGAUAUCGCCGACGACGACGCGAACGGCGACGAAAGAGGAGAGGAAGAGAACGACAACGACUCCGAGGAGGAUGAGACCAGCAGCGAACCGGACGACGACGAUGACGACGACGUCGACGACAACGGGGACAGCGACGAUAACGAUGAAUUCGAGCAUGAGCUGCGGGCUGUGGCUGCCGCGGCCAAUAGUACCACAACUGACAAAGCGGCCGUCGACGGCCGAACGCCGCAAAGAGACGAGAAGGACCUCGGCGACGAUGGCCAAGCGGCGGCGACUACUGACAAAGAGGUGAAGGAGUUCAAGAGACGGAAGAAAACAUCGUUUCAGUUGAACAAGGAGAAGACGACGGGCAAAGACAAGCGCUUGUCGUCGUCGACACUCGAAAAAGAGUCACUUAAACGAGGUGAAAACGUAGCCGUGGUGUCGGCAAAAACGAGCGAAAAUACGAUCCUUCCAGCGGCAGUGUCCGGUGGAGUCGCGGCACUCGAAGAGCUCAAAGUGCUGGCAAAAAAUGAGAGAAAUACGAAGCGAAGGUACGGGCAGAAUCGAUUGAACGGCCUGGAGAGCUCGGAAGACGUUCAGUGGCUAAUGAGACCUCCUCAAUCGGCGCAAAAACUACUGAGUAAACGUCAGAGCGGCAGCAACAACGAAGACGCCGGCAACCCUCUGAAACUCAUCAAGGACCUCAAGGAGUACUUGCUGAUUCAGUACGCGGCCGAACGAGAGCAGCUCGACCAGCUCAGUGCCGAGGAGCUGCUGGCGACCGAGAACGUUUUCCAAGUCUUGGCAAAGUUAUCGGAAAAUCCGGAGCGAUGGGAAAGAAUUCAUCAGCUUUUGUUGGACGUCAAAGCGGACGUCGUGGAUUACCCGAGCGAGGCGAAAAAACGUCUCGUCGGCGUGUUCGACGGCGAGUUCGCGGAGCCGCUGAUAGCGCCUGCGACGACGACCAUGCAGACACCGACGACGAGUCCGCCGGCGAGCAAGGAGAGGCCGACGAGAAAGGCGAGGAAAAAGAAGAAGAAAAAGAAGAAGCUGAGAAAACAGAAACUGCUGCGGAAGUUUACGUCGCCGUCGAUAGCGACGUCGCCGGUCGAGGCUCUAUUAGCGCCGACCGACUCACCGCCGACUAAGUGGCGAUCGCAGGCCGCCGAUGUCAUGGCUAAGCAACGAAUCUGGUCUCAGGAGGACGGCAGAGAAGACGUCGUUCCCGGCAGCAUCGCCAAGAUACGCUACACCGUGCCCGCGACGAUGCGCGGCUGGCCGGAGUUUCGCCAAGGCGGUGGAGGCGACAAGGAGCAGGACAGCCUCCGAGCCCUGAACUCGGAGCGCCAAGCUCUCAUGCUGAAGGCGGCGCGCGAGUUCGACUACGAGGCAGCGGGUCAGCGAGGUCGAACGCUGCAUUACGGAAAGAUCAAUACCCAUCCGAAGGGCUUGUUCGACGACGACGAUGGCAAAUUCAACGACGACGACGACGAUGGAUCUAGCGGCGGGCGGCGAGCUUAUCACUUUGGCCAAGUUGUAUCCCACGGCGGUGGCAGAGGCUACGAGCGCCAACGCCCCAGGGAGCAGCUCUCGCUGUCGUAUCCGGGACAACGGCAUCAGCAUCAGCAGCAGCAACAACAAGAGCGCUUUAACGCAAACUUCGGCCACAGCCAAGGAUACCUGCCUCCGGGGAGACAGCAGCAGCAACAGCAGCAUGAAGCUGGCGGUGGUAGUUGGGCUGCCAAUGCGCCAUGGCGAGGCUACGAUCGGGCCUGGAGCGAGGACGACGAGACGGCUGCUGCUGGUGAGCUAGAGGAGGAGGAGCCGAAAAAUAGUUGGAAUUGGCGGCCGAAGAGCCGAGACGAGCUCGAGUCGUCCUGGCUGCAGCAGCCUUGGAACACCGAGCAUCGCGAUUAUUACGCUCGGCUCGAGGACAGAGAGGGAGAGCUGGACCGGGACUGGAGGCAGCGACAGCAGAGCUGGGAACGUCAGGACGCGAGGGAAAAAUAUCCAGACAGACCGAGAGAGAACGAAAUGAGCCGCUUGAUACAAAGGCCUGGCGCCUGGCCAAACCGAGAAAAGUCAAAGGAGUACGCCUCGAUUCGAGAAAAGUCACCCGAGCGGCAGGAGGAGGAAAAUAACGGCGCUAAAAGUGCGCCCAACGGCAGCAACGGCGACUCGAAAGACUCGCCGAAAUUGACCCUGAAAACGUGGGACAGCCUGACCUCCGAUCCGGCGACGUGGCCCUUCAAGCUGCCCGGCGCUAAGCCCUGGCCCAAGGACAAGAACGGAGUCGCGUACAAUCCGAACGCCGCGAUUGUGCGCAAACUGGGCCUGAUCACCGACAAGCAGCAGAGCAGCAAAGACGCCAAGGAUUCUCGCAAGCAGAACGACAAGUCCUUCAAGAAUGCCUGGGACGAGGCAUCGUCGAGCUCGGGUAACAACAACAAUAAUAACAAUAAUAGCGACAGCAAGACGUGGCAACAGCAGCAGCAGUCGAGCGAGAAGAUCGGCGAGGAUUGGAAGAGCGCGGCCAAGUGGAAGCAAUUCGCUUAUCACAAGGUCACGCAGCCGGGAGGAAGCCUCGCCGCGGGACUCGACAACAAUAACAACAAUGGCAACAGUAGUAGCAGCAGCAAGCUGAGCAACAAGAAUGCCUUUAUCGCCGUGUCGGCCGUCGCGAAGCCCAGAUACAACGGCGUCGACAACGACGACUGGAGAAAGAACGACAUCGAGGAAAUGGAUAUCGAGCAGAACAAUAAUAAUAACGAUAAUAGCAACAGCAGAGCGGCACUGGACCUCGACCAUCCGAGCAAUCAGAUGCGAAUGAAUAUCAGGAAAAAGAACGACGUGCCGGGCCGGCCGGACGCGCUCGAGAAUCAAUUGGAAAAAUUAAAAACGAGCGGAGAGCCGGUACUGCUCGAAGUCAACGUUCACAUACAAAAUUCGACGGUCCAUCGGGAUAGAUCCACGAGGACGUCGACGCAGCAGGUGGUAGGAUCUCUCGACGUUGCUGCUGAGAAAAACGCUUCGAUCUCGAAAGAUUAUAAAACGUCAACAUGAAACGACGAUGACAUUUUAAAUUCUUAAACUUCUUUAGCAGUUUUAAAACUCUUCCUUCGUUUACUUAAUUAUUGUAAUCGAUUUGAAAAUAUGAAUAUUUUGUCAUUUUUGUUCUCUCUUUUUUUUUUUUUUUAAUACAAAAUUUUUCAUUCCGAAGAAUGUUUAUGCAUCGAUAACUUCGAAUAAAAAAUAUUCGCAACUUACUGCGACAAAAAAAAGGAUACAAGUAUCGUACUUGCACUUACUGAGAAAAAUACUUUUCAAAAAAAAUUACGAUGUUUAUAGUAACCGUGGGAUGUACUGAAAAAUUCUCGUAAAAAUUACUAUGUUGCAGCAAUUUUAUUGUUAAACAACACAGCAAUUUUUAUAAAAAAUUUUGACCUCAUUUUAAGAUUACUAUAAAAGUAGCAAUUUUUUUAUCGUAUUUCCCUCAAUGCAUAUAAUAUUUACACUCCUUUAAAUAUUAUCAUAAUAAUUUAAAAAAAAACGAUUUAUCGAAGAAAAAUCGCAUUUCACGGGAAAUGUGUAAUUGUGUUACAAAAUAAAAACUUUUUGUAUUAAAAUAAAACAUUUCGAUAAAUUUGUCACAUACGUUUACAAUAAAAAAAAAAAAAAACAAUUUUAUUUAUCUCACAAUACUAUUGUA